AUGCAGCCGAUUCAGCAACAGCAGCAACAACAGCAGCAACAGCAGCAGCAACUGCAGCACCAGCAGCAGCAGCAACAGGAAGCGCAACGUGUGGAGAUAAUGCACAGUUCUUCUCUAGCGCACCGCUGUGGACCUGCUGACGGUGCAGCAGCUCCUGCUGCUGCUGCGGAUGCUGCAGCAGCAACUGCAGCAGCACGGGGCGGUGCUGCGCAUGCAGCAGCAGCAAGUUGGACAGUAGGAGACGGUGGCUGUGCUGCAGAGGAAGCACAUACAGCAGCAGCAGCUGCUGCUGCUGCAGGAAGCUACCAGGCGGCGCAGGCACAAUUUAAGAUUGACGGAUCGCACGAGCAAUCUGCUGCAGCAAAGCAGCAGCAGCAGCAGCAGCAGCAGCAGCAGCAAGGCAACAGCAGGAACAGCAGCAGCUCCCAUAUGAUUGGAUCAUUUCCUCCUCCAGCAGCAGCAGCAGCUGCUGCUGCUGCUGUUCCUUCUCACUGGGCUGGUAGCAGCAUGUCUGCAUCUGGGGAUCCGUCUGACAGGAAGCUGCAUGCGGUGUUGCUGCAGCAGCAGCAGCAGCAGCAGGCUGCAGCAGCCUGCUGCGGCAACAGCAGCUGCCGCCUUAGCGAUAGCAGCACCUGCGCAGAAGACCCCUGCAGCAACAGCGGCAGACGCCGCAGCAUUGACAGCUUCUCUAGCGAGAGCAGCAGCAGCAGCCCGGAGAGUGGCAGCCGCAGCAGCAGCAGCAGCAACAGCAGCAACAGCGGCAACGGGAUAAGCUGCAGCGGUCUACAACAGCAACAGCAGCAGCAGCAGCAGUUGUUGCAACAACAACAACAGUUGCAGCAGCAACAGCAACAGCGCCAGCUUCAACAACAACAACAGCUGCAGCAGCAAUUGCAGCAGCAGCAGCAGCAACUGCAGCAGCAGCAACAUCUGACAGGGCCCUUCAACAUACCAGCAGCAGCAGCAGAAGGGUUUCCACCAGCAGCAGCUGCUGCUGCUUUCUCCUUCCUCUCUGCAUGCAGAGGCGCGGAUGCUCGUACUCAGCAGCAGCAGUUGCAACUGCAGCAGCAAAUAAAGCUGCAGCAGCUGCAGGCACAGCAGCACGAGGCACGGGAGGAGCUGCAGCAGAACCAGGGACGAAGGCUAGGCAGCAGCAGCGAUGUUGCCUUAGGGGGUCUCUUCGACCGGUUCGCUGCAGCAAAUAUGCAGAAGGCAGCAGUAGCAGCAGCAGCAGCUGCUGCUGCUGCUGCUGCUGCCCCUAAACUCUCACCACGUACGAUUGAUAUUUCACAGCAGCAGCAACAGCAGCAACAGCAGCAGCAGCAACAGCAGCAGGAAGCGCCGCAGCCCCCGCCGGUUUCGCGCUGCAGCACGGCUACAUCAUCCCCAUGCAACGCAUCCAGGAGGGCAGCAGCGGCAGCUGCUGCAGCUGCAGCAGCAGCAGCAGCAGGAACACCUGGAGCAGCAGGAACAGCAGCAGCAUCAGUAGCAGCAGCAGCAGGUGCAGACAGCAGCAGCAGGGAUUCCGACGGCCAUAACCUGGUCCAUCCGCAGUUGGCUUUGAACAGAAGCAACAGCAGCAGCAGCAGCAACAGCAGCAACAACAGCAGCAGCACCAGCAGCACGAGCAGCAAUGGCACAAUGUACCCGGAUAGGAACUUAGAGAGAGACAGACAAGCAUACAGCGGCAGGCUAGCAGUUGCUGCAUUCGUACAGCAGCAGCAACUGCAGCAGCAGCUGCAGCAGCAGCAACAGCAACAGCAGCACUCGCCGACCUACUCUGUGGAAAGAGCCGCGUCCUCUUCCGAUCCAACAGCAGCAGCAGCUGCAGCAGCAGCAGCAGCAGCAGCAGCGCUUAACGUCAGCAGCAGGAACCGCCGUAUGUUCUCAUUUGGCGGCAGCGGCGACGUGAGCAGCAGCAGCAACAGCAGCAGCAGCAACAGCAGCAACUGGGCUCCUGUGGGGGGCCCACUCCCCAUUGGGUCUGCUGUUAGCAGCAGCGACAGCAGCAGCAGCAGCAGCAAUUACCAGCAGUGCGCGAAUAGGCGCCCUAGCGCUAACCGCGGGGGCAGCAACAGCAGCAGCAGCAGCAGCAACAAUUCUGCGCUCUCAUUCGCAUUUCCCUCAGCAGCAGCAGCAGCAGCAACAGCAGCAGGUGCAAGAGAUGAUUACUACAACGCUGCUUCUGUAGGGGCAACACCAAGGAGCGCAGCAGCAGCAGCAGCUGCUGCUGCAGCAGCAGCAGCAGCAGCUGGCAUGCGCGGCGCCCCACACAUGCCAGGCCCCUGCGACUUCAGGGAGUCCCCUGCUAAUAAUUGGCCAACUGGGCAGCAGCAGCAGCAACAGCAGCAGCAGCUGCUGAUGCUACUGCAGCAGCAGCAAUGGCAGCCGCCGUACUACCACCCUGCGCAGCAGCAACUGCAGCAGCAGCAGCAGAAGCAGCAGUCGACCGAUGUUCUAACAUCUGCUGCACCUGUUCUUACUGCAGCUUCCUUGCCGGAGUCCCUUCGUGGGCAGCUUGCAGCAGCAGCAGCAGCAGCAGCAACAGCAGCAGCAGGAGGAACACCGUCUAUGGGAGCAACUACAGCAGCACCAGGAGGUGGAGGACGCACAGCAGUAACGGUUCCAUCUGGGUCUGCAGCAGCAGGGACUACAGGGGCAGCAGCACACAGGGCAGCAGCAGCAGCAGCAGCAGCAGCAGGGGGUAGUGAAGACAGCAACGAGGCACUCCAUGGUGUGGGUGGCUUAGGCCUUCCUGAUAUUGCUUCUUGUAUCUUAGGAGGGCCGCAGCAGCUUGCUGCCUUGUCGCUGCAGCAGCAGCAGCAGCAGCAGCAGCAACAACAACAACAACAGCAGCAGCAGCAGCAGCAGCUUGAGGAGCAGCAGCCGGACAGUUACCUACAGUUCAUGAGGGAGCAUCCGGCCGAUGCCCAGCGAAUGUGGGCCAUGCAGCAGCAGCGCAGCAGCAGCGGCAACACUACCAGCAGCAGCAGCAGCAGCAGCAGCAGCUGCGGCCCAUGGUACCCUGCAGCAAAACCCUUUGGCGGCAGCGGCAAUGAGACAGGAGCAGCAGCAGCAGCUGCUGCUGCUGCUGCUUCUUGCCCAUCUGCUGCAAUGCUGGAGGCCAUUGCUGGGGUCCCCUCGGCUCCACCUAGCGCAGCAGACUCUCCGGGGAUGCCGCAGCAGCAGCAGCUGCAGCAGCAGCAGCGAGGAUCUUUCUCCAGCGUUUGUCAAUAUCCAGGAGGACAUCCUCAAGCUGAUACAGCAGCAGCAGCAGCAGCAGCAGCAGGUGUUGCUGCAUGCGCGAAUUUGCUGCGGGGAGACGGUUGCUACUGUUGGCAGUUUGGUGGUCAGCAGCAGCAACUGCAGCAACUGCAGCAACAGCAGCAGCAGCAGCUGCAGCAGGCACAGCCAGUGUAUGCUAUAUUGCGCGUAGUCCCCUCCGAUGUUCAAAUCUGUAGGCUGCAGUGGUGCUGGGCAGGAGAGCUGUCUCCUGGUCUUCAGCAGCAGCAGCAACCACAGCAGCAGCAGCAGCAACCACAGCAGCAGCAGCAGCUGCUGCUGCAGGAGAUGGUUUGCUACGGAGGCGCUUCUAUAUGCGCGCCUCCUUGUGUAUUAAACGAUAGGCCAGGCAGCAUAGGAAGGAGCAGCAGCAACAACAGCAGCAGCAGCACAGGCGAAGGAGGAGGUGCAGCAGCAGCAGCAGCAACUGCUGCUGCUGUUCCCCCCUUACUGCUGCGCUGCCACAGAGGAGAGAGUGUUGAGGUGUAUGUACACCAUAAGAGCGGAUGGCUCUUCGGUAGCAUACACGCCCUAUGCGAUGGGCCCUGUCUCCGUCGGGUACAGCUCCUAGCAGCAGCAGCAGCAGCAGCAGCAGCACCAACAACAACAGCAGCAGCAACAGCAGCAACAGCAGCAAUGCCAGUGGCAGCAUUAACAGACGUGCAGAGUCGAGCACAUUCGGCGCACUUCUUGCUUAAGCAGCAGCAGCAGCAGCAACAGCAGCAGCAGCAGCAGCAGCAACAGCAGCAUAACACAGCACAGCACAGUAGUAGCAGCAGCGCAGCAGCAGCGCGGCAGCGGCAGCAACAGCAGCUGCAGCAGCAGCAGAUGCAGCACUUGCUGCUGCUGCUGCAUGGCUUAUGUGGCUGCUGCGCUAAGAGGGUUUUACAUUUUCUCUUAAGACGCAUGCAGCACGAAAGCAUCAAUUAUUCAACAUAA